AAACACCUCCUAUAAGCAUCAAAAACAACAAACAAAAACUCUCCAGCCUGUUCCAAUACAACUUUUCCCCCAAACUUCCCCUUAAACCUCCCACACCUCACAACAUCUCAACCAAUCAUAAGGACAAAACUGUCAUUUCCUCACCCAGCCGGAGACACCCAGACACACACCCUCUCUCCCCCCUUCUCCUCUCUCUCUCUCUCUCUCUCUCGUCUCUUUUGAAAACAGAAUUACGUUUUUAGAUCUAAACACACACUGAGCGUGUGAAAAUGGGUGAUUUCAACCUCGCACUAGUCCUAGUAGCCAUAAUCGUCUCAAUCCUAGUCUUUAUCUUCAACAUCUACCUUCUAAUAAACUACCAACACCCUGAUGAUAAGAACCAAGCUUAUUUCCCCAAAUUUGUAGUUGUUUUCGGUCUCACUGUCGCCUUCUUGUCGAUUCUUAUGUUACCGGCCGAUGUCGCGAAUCGGCAAGCUUGUAAACACGCUAUUUACAAUGGCGCUUGUAAUUUCACGCUCCCGAUGAAGGAUUUGUGGCUUGCGAUUUACAUUGUUGAUGCUAUUCUCGUGUUCUUCGUUAUUCCGUUUGCGAUGUUCUAUUAUGAAGGCGAUCAGGACAAGACUAUUGGUAAGAGGAUGAAAAGUGCGUUGUGCUGGGUGGUUACUACUGCUAUUGUUGUUGCGCUUGUGCUCGGGAUUUUGUACGGUCUUGUUGGAAAAGUGGACUUUACUGUUAAACACCUCACUUCUGAUACAACUACCUUUACAAAUAAUUGGUCAAGUUUCACAAGUGGCCAACAGUGUAUUGGAAAUGGUGCACGUCAGUGUUCUGCAUUUACUUCAAAUUCUUCGUCAGAGACAACUUGGACACAGCGUGCCACUUUUCCGGAAUAUGUCGUAGCUUUGGCCACAAUUGUUGGCUCUGUACUUUUCUCAAUAUUUGGCGGUGUUGGAAUUGCUUGUUUACCACUGGGACUUAUAUUUUCCUUCAUUAGACGUCCGAAGGCUGUUAUAACUCGUUCACAGUAUAUCAAGGAAGCAACAGAACUAGGUAAAAAGGCAAAGGAAUUGAAGAAAGCUGCUGAUGCCUUGCAUCAGGAAGAAAGAAGUGGAUCCAAAGGAAGAAAGUGGCGUAAGAACACCAAGGCACUCGAAAAGGAGUUGCUUCUUUUGGAAGAAGAUGUCAAAGCAUUAGAAGAAAUGUAUCCCCAAGGUGAAAAGGCUGAGACGACGUGGGCUUUGACCGUUCUUGGUUAUUUGGCCAAACUUGUUUUGGGGAUUUUGGGGUUAAUAGUGUCAAUUGCAUGGAUUGCACAUAUCGUGAUAUAUCUAUUGAUUGAUCCUCCACUUUCUUCAUUCUUGAAUGAAGUUUUCAUCAAGUUAGAUGAUAUCUGGGGUCUGCUGGGUACUGCUGCAUUUGCUUUCUUUUGCAUGUAUCUCCUCUUUGCAGUGAUUGCUGGGGCAAUGAUGCUUGGUCUGAGAUUGGUUUUUAUCACUAUUCAUCCUAUGAAGUGGGGAGCAACUCUCAUGAAUUCCUUUCUGUUCAAUGUGGGGCUUAUUCUUCUUUGUUCUAUAAGUGUUAUUCAGUUCUGUUCUACUGCAUUUGCCUACUAUGCCCAAGCUACUGCUGCUCAAGAAAUAUUUGGUCACACAUUGCAAUCUCUCCGUGGAAUCAAAUAUUUAUACAAGUAUAACGUGUUCCAAAUUGCAUUUAUUGUUCUGGCCGGUUUAACGUUUGUGUAUUAUGCAGCCUUUGGAUGGAGAAGGAAAAAACCAAGUGGCAGGUUCCAACUUUCCAGUUGAAAAAGGUCUUUCAAGUGCCCCGACUAUAAUAUUUCAUAGAAUUUCCGGUUCUAAGUUUUCGGUUUAUCUGACAUCAGAUGUACUAGGUUGGUAUUGGUGUGUUAUACUGUUAUUGCAAAGAGACUGUACUUGCGAUAUUUCUUAUUGGGGAAUAACCCUAUAAUGAGCUGCUCGAGCCGUUGCUACUGUCCUGUUCCAAUCACCUUUUGUAUCAUUGUAUGUAUAAGUGCUUUUGUGAUCUAUUCUGUCUGCUCAGUUCAUGCAGUGGAAACUACUCCCGAUGUAAUAUACAGUUUGAUGUAAAUUAUAGUUGAAGAGAGAAAAGUAAUUAAAGAUCUGUCUAGAUUUACAAUUUUUUUCUUUA